AUGGCUUCCACUGGCCAGGUUGCGGAUAAUGCGUCCAUUCAGAGACGAGCAUACGCACAGGAAAUUCUAAUGGUCGAUACCAUUUGUUCGGUUAUGCUGCACUGCACCGGAUUUACAGUUUGCACGACAUGUUAUGUUCGGAGCGGUAUCGAUAACUAUCGGAGAUUACAGAAUGAUCGCUGUGCUUCCAAGAAAGCGGCGAUUCCUUCAAAGCCCGGGGUGGAGCCGAGAAAAAAAUCAAUCCCUUUGUUACUGACAACUCAGGUGUACCCAAAUAAAAUAAAACUUAGACACAAACUGACGCUGCACUUGCGGGGAGGCGCACGAUUUACAAAGGCAAACUUUAAGGUUCGGACCUCGGGAUAUGAACAGACUAUUAAGAUAAAGGGGGCGGGAGGGGGCGGAGGGCGGGGAGGGGGGGGAUUCGUUUCCAAGAAGUUGAAUCGAGCCUCGGAGGCUGCGGCAACAUCACAGAAGUCAAUCUUGUUAACUCCGUGUCCGAUGGAAGGUGAAAAAUGGACGCGCGUAAAGAUGCCGCCGGCCCACCGUGGCGAAUUAGCCGCAUGCCGUGUUCAAUGGGCAGUGUUCGAGGCUCGGGGUCUGCGGGGCGGGAGGGGGGAGCGUCGCGGCGCCCGAGCCCGAAUUAGAUGUAAACAACUCGAAAAACAGGCGCCGAUCACUCCCUUCACUGAGACACUAUAA